CACGGAUCUCUCUUCCGACAGUUUUAAGGUUUUACUUGGGUGGGGGAGUCGCCCGGAUAGAGAGCUGCAGGAUUAGCAUACCGGUGCAGCGGCAAAUGGACCGAAGGACAGGAUCCUGCUUUUGCGAACAGCAUGGACUUUGUCACAUGCGCAUGGCAAUAGUUAGGUGCUAUUCAGUCAUAAUUUUGAUCAUUAAGCGAAUCUCUAGUGCGUCCUGGUGCUUGGUUGCACGCAUCCACUCCCUUGUUUGCUAGCAUGGCGCAGCCGAAUUGCUUGGGUGGUAUUGGAACGCAAGGUUCUGUAUACCACGCUAUUUGAACACAUUGCCCCCGCGGUUGACCUAACCGCUUUCUGGGCCGACCGUACUGUUUCCUUUUUGAGUUUUCACAAUCAUCAUUUCAAUUAAGAAACGCCUUUCAUCUACUCACAGCCACAAUGUCUGGCGUGCUAGGCUUUCUCACAUCGCCAGCCUUUUCGGCGCGCGUACAGAGCGUAAUGUCCACUCACCAUGUCCCAGGAAUGGCUGUGGCACUGUUAGAUCAUGGCCAUAUAGCAUCUGCCGGAUUUGGGUUAUCCAGCAUCGAUCCGCCCCGAAACUGUACACCAGAUACGCUGUUUGAUAUUGCGUCGUCUUCUAAGAGCAUGACAGUGGGAGCUCUUGGUGUUCUUCUCACAGGGGAGCUCCAUCCUACCAUCACGUUUCAGACUCCCGUGCGCGAAAUUCUUGGGGACGAUUUUAUCAUGGCGCAGAAAGAGUACUCUGAUCAGAUUACAAUUGAUGAUAUAAUCAGUCAUAGAACAGGAUUAACAGCGCACGAUCUUUCAUACUUUGGCCCUAACGCAACAGGACCUGAUAGACCCGACAGUGCUAUAUCGAUUGUGCGAAAUCUCAGAAAUCUACCCCUUACCGCCGCGCUACGUAGCAAAUUUUACUACAAUAAUAUCAUGUAUACAGUGGCUAGUCAUGUCGUCGAGGUCCUAAGCAGCACGUCAUUCAAGAACUUCCUCGAAACAACCUUUUUCAAGCCACUCGAUAUGAGACAUACAAGCCUACAACCGUCAUCGGCAAUUUCAAAAGGGUUUAAACGCCAUAUGGCAAGCGGUUACGUCUGGCGCAAACGCGAGAAGACAUACAGCUUUGGGUUCCCGCCUGUGGAUACGCCCGAGGGACAAGGAGCUGGAUCAAUUAUUACGAGUGCCAACGAUUACAUUAAAUGGGUUAAAGCGAUUUUGUAUAGAGAGCAGCCCAUCACCGCAAAAGUUUACGACGAGUUUCUCCGUCCCCGAACAUGUCAAGACGCUGACGCUCUCAAGAUGGAGUCCUGCGAGACGAUGUACGCCGGAGGCUUCGAUGUGUACAAAUACCGAGAUCAUCAAAUCGUUAGCCAUGCUGGCUCUGUAUCUGGAUUUGGCUCAUUCCACUUUUUUGUUCCUGAUUUGGAAUUCGCAGGCGUCUUUACCGGCAACGUAGGCAACGCGGAUGAGGCAGCUCAGAAAUUAGCAAACGAGCUCAUCGACUACAUUCUUGACGACAAGAAAGCGACCAAAUCGGUUGAAGGCGAUGAGGGUGAUGGGAGAAAACGUCUAGCAGCGCAAAGAAACGUUUACAACAGAGAUAUUUUGGAAACCCAAAGAUCAAAUCUGCAAUCUCAGGUGGAACGGAGCAAGGGCCAUCCGCAAACAAAACCACUAGCAGACUACGUCGGGCUGUACAAGAACACCGGGUACCAUGACAUGGAAGUAACCGUUAAAAAAGGCCGCCUUUAUAUCGAUGCCGGUGACAGGUCUUUUGGUACAAUGUUUACUUUUCAUCAUUUGGCCAACAAUACCGAUUAUGCCGUUAGCAUGCGCUCUAGCAGGCGUUUGGGAAGCGAAAACUUGGGCUUUGUGCAUGGACAGUUUGAGUUCGGAGAGAAAUGCACUAGUCGAAUGGGUCUGCAGCUGGAUGAUGACUACGGUAAGCUGAUAUGGUUUGAUCGUAUUUAAAUGAAGUGAAUUGGGCAAUUUUAGUACAAGGCGCAGUUAUAUCUUUUUGGAUGUGUAUUUUGGGGUUUAGUGGCUGAAGCUGAUUCGAUCAUCACAUGCAGUUGAACGUGACAGGGAAUCAACCGCCCAUGAAUCACGGUAACCACCACGUUAAUCUAAAUGUUUCUGCUAAGAUGAAUUCCAUAUACUGCAUUCAACCAUAUUGCAGUUAAUGAAUGU